GAGAGAGAGUAGUGAAACAGAGGGAAGGAGAGUGUGAGUGAGAGAGGGGCAGAGAACGAGAGAGGAUAUAUUGAUACAAAGCGGCAGUGGGUUUCUUUUCAGUGUGUGUGAGAGAGACCAUGAGGGAAGACAAGAUGGAGUGCUGGACCAGAUGAAGACUGUCAUUGGUCAUUUCCAGUGGUCCAGAUGAGCGUCUCCAAAGCACCUCCGCCUCACUCCCACUUUUCCCCCAAUAACCCAUCCUCCCAUCUCCCCCUGCCUCCGUCCUCCUCCUCUUUCCCCUCCCCGUCCACCCCUCCCUCCGCAGCGGGCCCCCCCAGCCCCGCUGUGCCACCCCCUCCCUCACCAGUGAAGAUCUCCAUGCAGGAGCACUUUGCCAUCAACGUGUGUCCCGGACCCAUCCUCCCCAUCCCACAGAUCUCCGACUUCUUCCCACGCUUCCAUGAUUUCCCCAUCACGCCCCCUCCACCCCGGAUUAAACAGGUUCUAAAGGACAAAGACAAGGACGGAGUCAGGGAUGAAGAGAGAGACCACAAGAGGGAAAGAGGGCAAGAGGAGAACGGAGAGUUUGUUGACUCUGAUGACGAUGACACUUACCUGGGAACUUUGGAGUUUAAUUUGCUGUUUGACCAAGAAAAUAACUGCUUACACUGCACCAUCCACAAGGCUAAAGGACUGAAGGCCAUGGACUCCAAUGGACUGGCUGAUCCAUAUGUGAAACUUCACCUCCUGCCUGGAGCAAGCAAGGCAAACAAACUGCGCACAAAGACUUUAAAAAACACGCUGAAUCCAGUGUGGAAUGAGACCCUGGUUUAUCACGGCAUUACGGCUGCUGACAUGACCACCAAAACCCUCAGGCUGUGUGUGUGUGAUAUGGAUCGUUUAGGACGGAACGAGUUCAUAGGUGAAGUCAGGGUGGCCCUCAAGAAACUGAAGGAGGGAGACAACAAGAGAUACAACAUGGGCCUUGAGAGAAUUGCACAGACCCGGGAGGGUAGCAGCCAGGCAGUGGAUUCCGGGGCUGUUGUAGCAGAGGAGGAGCGUGGCCGUAUCCUGGUCUCUCUCAUGUACAUCACAGAAAAGAGCUCUCUGGUUGUGGGAAUUAUUCGCUGCGCCCACCUGGCCGCAAUGGAUUCUAAUGGCUACUCGGACCCCUUCGUCAAAAUUGUUUUGCAGCCUGACAUGGGAAAAAAGUCAAAAUACAAGACUUUGGUGAAGAAGAAAACUCUAAACCCAGAGUUUAACGAGGAAUUUUCCUAUGAAGUUCCACAUGAUCAGCUCGCCAAGAAAACCUUGGAGAUCUCAGUCUGGGACUAUGACCUGGGCAUGAGCAAUGACUUCAUAGGUGGAGUUGAAUUGGGAAUUAACGCAAAAGGAGAUAGACUAAAACACUGGUUUGAGUGUCUAAAAUACAAAGGAAAGAAAGUAGAAUAUUGGCACACACUAACACAACAAGGAGCCCCUAGCAGUGACUAACACACAUGCACACACUCAGACAAGCACACACACGCACACGUUUCCUUACCUGCUGAUAAGUAAUACAAAAAAUAAUGAAGUAAUAAUGAUAAAGAAAUGCAAUAAUGCUUAAUCUGGGAGCGAUGGUGACAUUCAAUAUUAAAGAGUGAGAUAAUGCAUAAUAACCUAUUGUACAGAUAAAUGUCAGACCUUCACACAGUCUUUUGUGCUGAGAAAGAGGCAAGUGUGAUCACAGGCCCGGAUUGUGACGCACAACCGUGUGUUGUCAUAUGCAUUGACUUUUUCCAGUCUAUACGUCACUUAUAUGAAAUUGUACCGUGUUGUGACUAUGCCACAGGAGCCCAUGCCAUAUUAUAGUGUUAUUAACUGUUUAUUACAUGUUAGUAACCUUGUAAUAGCAUCCUGGUGUUUGUUACAGUUGGUGGAGCCGUAAUCUUACAUACUGUCAAUGCACAACACAUCCAGCUGACUGUAAAUAUCAAUGUGUAUCUACUGUACGUAUUACCAUUUGCGAUUCAUUUUGUAUGAAAGUUUACAGUCUCUUCCAGUCUGACAAAAACACAGAGCACGAGAAAAGUACAAGAGACAGUUUGCAAAGAAAAAUGGACAAAAACUUUAAAGGAAGAAAGAAACUAUUUAUUUAAAGUUUCACUCAAGAACUUAUCUCUACCUGGAGACUACCAUCUGUCACUCCAUGCAGGACUAUACUGACAGUCACCUCAACAAUCUGCACAACUCUUUUGGGGAAUUCAUUGCAAGUUUGUGUGUGUGUGUGUGUGUGUGUGUGUGUGUGUGUGUGCGUGCGUGCGUGCAUGCAUGUAUCUGUGUGUGAAUGUCUGCCUGUUUUUAUCUCUCUAUAUUUGUGUCUCUGUUGAAUGUUUGUUCAGUCUCGUACAAAAAAGAAGCUCUUAUGCACGUUGACUGACUUUCUCACUUUCUCUCUAGUUUAGAGGUCUAACUGCAAGCACCACAGGUGCCACACGCAAAGGACAGUGCAUACCAAUACAGGGGUUAAAUUGUCAAUGACAGCCUCUGGUAGCCCUCAUGCACAACUGCAGCCCCUUAGGGGUUAAAUUAACAAUCAAACAAAUCGUCUGAAGGAGAAACUACCAAUCGCAGGACAUCUUUGGGUCACAUGAGCGUGCAAGAGCCCAGAAUCACACAAAAAUGGGGUGCUGAGCAAUCAAAGGGCACACUUCUUUUGUAGUCCUGACAGUGUGUUCACAUCAGCCCUGGUUAUACCUUGUAAAAAUGACUGCACAUUUUUUAUUUUAAACAUAUUUAAAGGUGAAGUGUGUAAUUUCAAUGGCAGUAGCAUCACCAUAUGGAAUAGAGUGCAACAGUCAGGUUCCAGAACUAAAAAUCCUAUUCCUAUUCUCCAUAGACUAAUUGAUUUUUAACGAUAACUUAUAAAUCUUUAAAGACAAACCAACCUUGAGCUCCUAGGUUGUUAAUUGAUGUUGCAGUACAUGCUUCUAUUGGCGACACACUGAGCGAAAUUCCUGGUUAAGAACUAGAAUACUCUGGCUUAGAACGCUUUUAUGAAGGAUGGAAAAAAUGAAUGGAGAAAACACUUCAGGAACCAAGGCGGCUAAAAAAAGUAGAUGGGCUCUGUUGCACUCUGUUGCAAAAAUAACUGUUUCUAAAAAGGAUAACCGAACACCAUUAGUCGAACCUUCUUCAAUUGGUUGGAAAAACAAGUAGUAAUGCCCCAAAUGUCAGUUUUCACUUCAGUUUUAUAAAUCAUUGAAUAUCUACAAAAAUGUAAUUAUAAAAAAAAUUUUUUUUUACUUUUAUCCCAGUUCUUCCAUGGCUGCAUUUGUGGCUUAUUGAGUUCUACUGUGUCUUUUUACAGGGAUAGUUCACCAAAUAUUUUAAAUUUGUCAUGGUUUAAUCGUGACUUUCUUACAGUAUGUGGAGUACAAAAGGAAAUGUUAGGCAGAAUGGUAGCCUCAGUCACCAUUCACUUUCAUUGUAUGUGAUAAAGAUAUGGAGAAUGUGAAUGGUGACUGAGGCUGACAUUCUACCGAACUUUCAUUUUUGGGUGAGCUACCCCUUUAAAUUUGAGUUAUGAAAUGAAUAGCUUAAAUGGUGUAUAACUAUAGUAUGUUAUGUUAAGCAGCUGCAUGCCAACUGAAUGUCACAUGCUUUGAUGGACCACUGGUCUGCAGUGCUUAUGUUUGCUUUAAUCUCCAUCAUCAGGCCCAUCUAUGGGUUUUUGUUUUUGCUCAUUGAACUGUGACAAUCCAGGCUACCUUUGAUGAAACAGCGUGGUAUUUAGAUAAUGGACUGGCACCACCUGCCAGCCAAGAUGGGACUCCAGGGAGAGCCUUAAUGAAGGAGGGGUUAAAUUGAAAGAGGAUUUUUCAAGUCUCACUCACGUGUCCUCUGUUGACUGUCUGUGUGGAACAUGAUGUGACUGCCACCGUGUGUCGGUCUUUGUAAUUGCGUCUCAAAAAUAAAUUGGUGCAAAAGUGGCUGUUUAGGGGGUUAUUUUGGAAACAAGAGCGAUGUCAAAUGGUUUUGUGCGUUUGAGUCAUAUGACCAUCUGUGAUAUUGUAAAUAAUCUUUAAUUCAUGAAAUUACUUUUAUUUUUGUGUUGUGACUAAAUGAAACUGCUCUGAAGAGAAUAAACUAUAUUAAAUAACUAAAACAUGUAACACUUGUUUAAGGACAAGCAUGUAUUUAAUGGUUACCGAGAUUGUGCAUGCAUUCUAAUUAUAUGCAUAAUGAGAUGUUACACAAAUGCAUUCAUUGGGUUUGCUUGUGAUUAAUGAUUGAAUGUACAACAGAAUGUUUGAUUGGAUCCAUAUUUUUGUUGAUUUGAUCGAUACUGUGAUGUCUUUUUUCUCCAUCACGUUUUCUCUUUCUCUAUCUCUCUUAUAACGGAUUAACAAUCCUUCCAAUGAAAAGCGGA